UUUUUUGUAAAAAGCUUCGAGUGUGAUUAUGAGUUAACUGUUUAGGAAAUCUAAAUUUUAAUCUAAUUAUUACGAUUUUCUUAUUUCAGAAACUUGGUUUAUUUAUCAUUCAUAAAUUUUCACAAGACAACUUUUUUAUGAACAAAUGGAAGACCUAGAUACUUCAAGUGAACUGGAUUUGUCUUGUUUACUUUUAAGUAAUUUUCAACUCAAAAGUCUGAGUGCACAUUUUGGGUUUAACCCUAUAAAUAUUAGGAAACUUGUACUUCGGAAUAAUUCAUUAAAAGAAUUGCCGUCUAGUAUUUCCGAUUUGUGUAAUCUCCAAGAACUAGAUGCUUCUUCUAAUCAAAUAUCUUGGAUAUCAGGUGAAAUCUUUUGUCUAAAACAAAUAAAUAAGCUCGAGCUACGAAAUAAUCAGCUUCAAACUCUUCCUAAAGAAUUUGAAAAUUGUUCAUCAUUGAAAAUCCUAAAUCUUGGAGGUAAUUUGUUCACUGACAUCCCACCUCCAAUAUUUAAUCUCAAAGGACUUCAAAAACUUUUUCUUGGUGGAAAUAAAAUAGCUGUUUUGCCACCUCAGAUCGAGAAAUUAACACGCUUGGAAGUUCUUUAUCUUGGUGGAAAUCUUUUGAAGACUGUAUGUCCAAAUUUAGGGAAGUUAAAACAUUUAAAACAACUGGUUUUAUGUGAUAAUCAAUUAGAAGUAAUACCACAAGAGUUUGGUUUUUUAAAGAGUCUUGAAUCAUUAAGUUUGCAUCAAAAUUAUUUGAAAACACUUCCAAUGGGUAUUUUAUCCCUUGUAAAUUUACAGGAAUUGACAUUGCGUGACAAUCCAUUGGUGAAUACUUUUAUUAAAAAGCUUGAGUUCAACCCGCCAACUCUUCUUGAAAUUUGUGGUAGGUGUAUUAAAAAGGCAAAAGUUCCAUAUACACAACAUGAUUUGCCACGGGUGCUUUGUAAUUAUUUGAACUCAGCUCAGUGUUGUGUCAAUCCUAAAUGUGACGGUGUUUAUUUUGAUUCUCGUGUUAAAUGUAUCAAGUUUGUGGACUUUUGUGGUAAAUACCGGUUGCCUCUUGAACAAUAUUUAUGUUCUCCUUGUGAUAAUGGCGAUAGUAAGUUUGAUGCAGUUGAUUCAUAUAUAAUGCAAAAAGUUCUUCUACCAAAGAAUGUUGUUGAAUCUGAUUAAAGAGAUUUUGAAGAAGUGUAUAUAUUAAAUUUUGUGUAAAUGUCAAUAAACUGUGUCGAAAAAAAAAAUUUUUUUUAAGUCUCCUUUUUUAUUAGAAGCUUUCAGCGAAUGUGGUGAAAUAAACUCUAUAACUAACUUCAUUGUAAAGGACUUUAUUUUUUUGCAAAAAUGGUAUGGUAAAUACACUAUUUACUUAAA